CUUCACUUACAUAAUCAGACAUGGAGAAAACGUUUCGUUCUUUAUUGCUGUUAGCUACAGUUCUUUCUUACGGAACAUGUAAAUCAGUUAAUCCUAGAAAUACUGGGAUUGGAUCUGGGGCCUCUGCUGGUGAGAAGAUACAGGAGUUGUUCCCUCCAGAAACUGAUACCACUACAUCAGCACCAACAGAUCCUCCAAAGAAAAACAAUGUAGACCCAGAAAGAUUGGCAGAAUUGUAUAAAGCACUUGGAUGUCUAAAUGUAGGAUCAAGUGCAACAGGAAUUAAUGAUAACAGUAUUAACUAUAUUGAAUUUGAAAAUCAAAGUCCGGCGUCACAAGGAAAACAACAUAGAUUGAAUUGUUCAGGUUAG